AUGUAAGAGAUCUAAAAAAUAUCGUUUUUUGUAACAUUUAUUGUUUAUUUUAUAAUUGGAUUUUUCGGAGCUUUAGGUAUUUUAGUAUUUUUAUUUUUUUUAAAUUAAUAAUAUUAUAAUAUUAUGUAGAUUUCUCCUUUAAUUGUAUAAAUUCUUUAUUUAAUAAAUAUUAUUACUUGCUUUCCUUUAUAUUUUAGUAUAUGCAAAACAAGAUUUUUUAAUUAAUUUACGGUGAUUAAAAUUAUCCGAAUUAUAUGA